AGAAGCCUAAUAUCCCACUUACCACUCGGGUUUGGCUCCCUGUGGAAUAGAGGAACCCGACCUGGUUAUCGAUCACCUGGGUGGGCAGGGGAUGAUCGCUUACCAUGUGUAAGUCACACGACAGUCGAAACUCAAAGCCGGCGAAACAGAAGCCCCUACUGAAAAUUCCUACCGGACAUGAUGGACAUGCACAUGGAGAUCGAUCCUCCCGUCAAGCAAGAGGAGCUGAAGAUCAAUGAAAAAGAUCUCUACAAAGCCGCAGAAACUGGAGAUUCUUCCGCUUUCAAAGAACUCUCACGAGAGCAGCUCUCCAAAGCCCUCUCUCUCAGAAACGAAGACGGCCGUUCCCUUCUCCACGUCGCCGCUUCUUCCGGCCACCCGGAGGUUGUGAAAUUGCUAGCAGAUAUAGAGGAAUCGAAGAGCGUUGUAAAUUGUGGGGAUGAAGAAGGGUGGAUAACACUGCAUUCCGCUGUUAGUUUUGGAAAUGUAGAAAUUGUGGAGGCGCUGUUAAGCAAAGGGGCUGAUGUUAAUUUGAGAAAUAAUGGUGGUCGUGUGGCUCUUCACUAUGCUGCCGGCAAGGGAUGGUUGAAAAUUGCUGAACUUCUGAUUGCGCAUGGUGCAAAGAUCAAUUCGAAGGACGAGGUUGGUUGCAGUCCAUUGCAUAGAGCAGCUAGCACAGGGAACUCGGAAUUGUGUGAGCUCUUAAUUGAGGAAGGAGCGGAAGUUGAUGCUGUCGAUAAAGCUGGUCAAACUGCUCUAAUGUAUGCUGUGAUUUGCCAUAAUAAAGGGGUAGCUCUCCUUCUAGUAAGACACGGAGCAGAUGUGGACGUGGAAGACAAGGAAGGAUACACUGUGCUUGGGCGAGCCUCAGAUGAUUUUAGAGCAGCACUUGUGCAUGCAGCGAAGGCUAUGCUUGAAGGGUGAAAUUUUUAAGUUAUCAGAUUUAGGUAAAAAAUUCUAGAUAAGAGGCUUGAGUUUUGCAUGUUGAAGAUUUGUAUUUUGAGGAUAACUUCUACCUUAAUGAAAAAAAGAAAGUCAUACUCCGUUACGCUAACUUAUUAUCUACUAUUUCUGAGAACCUGGCGAAAUAAUGAGUGGGAUUAUAUUUAAAUUUCCUUUAAUGAAAAAGUAAUUAUAUUCCUUGCUGAGGAGGUGAGUAGAGUUUCCACAUUUAAUCUUUGUUAUUUGCUUUCCAGGUUUUGCAUUCCCAAAUUGACUGUAUUAGCUAGACGCAGGGCAACGCCCAUGAUAAGUAAGACAAGGAACCUUUUUUUUUCCUUUUGUUUUCUGCCUGGCUAAAGUAGAAGUUAAGGAUAGUUCAACUGGUUUAAGAGAUGGCACUCUUGAAAUUGUUGAAAUGGUAGUUUAUGUGAAAGUCGAGUAAAAUAUUAGAAAUUGUAAAUCUGGAUGGGAAAUCUGAUUGACAAAUUUUGUGAUAGGGUAUAUGAUGUACAUGUUUGAUUAAGAAGAUAUGAUAGUAGAAAGCAAUGACGUGUAAGCUGUAUAGUGGGCAAGAGAACAAAUGGUGGUGGGUGGUGGAAUGUGGAACUCCUGGAUCCUCUGAUUUGUAGGAUAUAAAGUAGAUGAAACAUUGUCCUUCCAUUUUUCUUUGUGAAAUUCCAGUUUUACUUUGCUGGAGUACGUUUCUCUUUGCUCUUGGAUACUGUAAUGAUAUAAUACUAAUCUCUCUUUGAAAA